CUCGGGUCUCCAUAGAAACAUCUCCCAGAUCAGCAAAGUCAAGUCUGUCCUGCUGGACCCAUGGAGUGAUGCAGAGGUAGAGUUCAUGGCGUCCAACGGAAACAAUGCUGCUAAAGCCAAAUAUGAACAGAAGGUGCCUGUUUUCUACUACCGUCCAACACACACAGACUGCCAGCUCCUUCGGGAACAGUGGAUCAGAGCCAAAUACGAGAGGAAGGAGUUUGUGUGUGUGGAGAGACAGGAGUCUUACUCUGCAGGGUACCGAGAGGGGUUUCUAUGGAAACGGGGCCGAGAUAACGGACAGUUCCUGAGUCGAAAAUGUAUUCUGUCAGAGCGGGAUGGUGCUCUGAAGUACUACAACAAGCAUGAUGCCAGAGAGCCCAAGGCUCUGAUGAAGAUUCACACCCUGAAUGCCUCCUUCCAGCCUGGGAAGAUCGGCCAGCCUCACGGCCUGCAGGUCACCUAUCUGAAGGACAACAGCACUAGGAACAUCUUUGUCUACCACAAGGAUGGCAAGGAAAUGGUGGACUGGUUCAACGCCAUCAGAGCAGCCAGAUUUCACUACCACAGGUCGCUUUCCCUGGGGCCCAUCACGCUGAUGCGAGUCUCUUCAUCUUAUUGUUCUCUCUGA